AUGAGCUUGCUAGGAGGAGACGCCCGCCAACGAUCCACCAGCCUUGAGCGCCGAAACCCAUACUCGUCACCUGCUGUCUACUAUGACAACGAUAAUGCGGUACGACAGGAGUUGCUAGGUACUGGAAGCAACAGAUCCAUAAACUCCUACAUCAAGUCUACACGCCAGCUCACACUCACUCCCACAAGAUCCAACUACCCUGCGCGUCGCCAAAGUCACGAUGAGUGGUCUCAGCAGCACCAGGAACUCCUGGUUGACGUUGAAGCGACAUUGAACGAUCUGCAUGAACGCGAAGACAUUAAUGGUGACCAACAAAUUACCAUCGACGACCAUGGCCCCAAACAUAUCAAUCUCGGUACAUUCGGCUCGGCGGGGUUUCGCAGUGUGGAUGUUCGAGGCAACUACAUGAUCAGCAAUCUCUUGCAGGAGUUGACACUAGCUAAGGCGCUGGGCAAGAAGGUCGUCAAGAUUCAUCGGUCACGCCUAAAUGAGAAUCCGGUGAACAGAUUGUCGCGCCGCAUUCGUGACGAGUUCUGGAAGAAUCUGGAACGCCGCCUCGACGGUGACCUGAUUGCAAAAGCUGGUAAAGAUCCCAAGGAUCGCACUCCAAAUCCACGUCCGCGAAUCUACGUACCUCACGGCUGCCCCGAGCAGUAUGAUUAUUACUGCAAGGUGGCACGAGAUCGCCCCGAGAUCAAUCUCGAUGUGAGGAAAUUACCCGAAAAUGGUGUCGACGAUCCCAGAUUCGUGCGAUCACUCAACGGCACCCCUGGUAUCCUUGCUCUAGCGAUGAACCUGGUGAAGGAAGACGGGGAGGAGACUCUGAAAGGAGAGCCCUUUAUCGUUCCCGGAGGUCGAUUCAAUGAGCUGUACGGAUGGGACAGCUACAUGACUUCGCUCGGACUGCUGGAGAAUGGCAAGGUUGAGAUUGCCAAGUCGAUGGUUGUCAACUUUGCUUUCUGCAUUCAGCAUUACGGCAAGAUUCUGAACGCCAAUCGAUCGUACUACCUCACUCGAUCACAGCCACCUUUCCUCACCGAUAUGGCCAUGAAGGUCUACGACAAGAUCAAGCAUCAGGAAGGCGCUCUCGAAUUCUUGCGUCUGGCUAUUCGCGCUGCUAUCAAGGAGUACUAUAAUGUUUGGACAUCUGAGCCUCGAUACGAUGUCGCGACUGGCUUGUCCCGAUAUCGACCUCGUGGCGCUGGCAUUCCGCCCGAAACUGAAGCCUCCCACUUCACACAUCUGCUGACACCGUAUGCUGAGAAACACGGCAUGUCUUUUGACCAAUUUGUCGCGGCGUACAACGCGGAUGAGGUCGAGGAGCCCGACCUAGACGAAUACUUCUUACACGACCGAGCCGUCAGAGAGAGUGGUCAUGAUACCACAUAUCGGCUGGAGAAAGUUGCAGCAAACCUCGCCACCGUUGAUCUCAACUCCUGUCUUUACAAAUAUGAGAUCGAUAUUGCUUGGUGUAUCCGGCAAUUCUUCAAGGACCAGUUGAUAAUGCCGCCCGAAUUCCAAACCGAGGCCAACCGCAUUGACGGCUACGAGACCUCCGCAACAUGGGACCGCCGCGCUAAAAUGCGCAAGGCACGCAUGGACAAAUUCUUAUGGAACGAAAAGCAAGGCAUGUACUUUGACUAUGACACUGUUCGGAAGCGGCAAACGACAUACAAAUCUGCUACCACUUUCUGGCCCAUGUGGGCUGGAGCCGCCACACCUCGUCAGGGCGCCGCCCUGGUGCUCAAUGCUUUGCCGAAACUAGAAGACGUAGGAGGGCUCGCAAGUGGCAGCGCAGAUUCUAUCGGUCACAACAAGACAGAGCUCACGGCGCCCAACCGACAGUGGGAUUACCCGUCAGGCUGGGCUCCUCAUCAGAUGCUCGCCUGGGGCGGUCUCAAGCAGUACGGUUACGUGGACGAGACGCAGCGUCUAGCCUACAAGUGGCUGCACAUGAUCUUGACCUCUUUCGUCGACCACAACGGCGUCGUGGUCGAAAAGUACAAUGUCACCGUCGAGUCUGCCGCUCACCGGGUGGAAGCCGAGUACGGCAAUCAAGGCGCCGCAUUCAGUGGCGCGCCUUUGGAAGGGUUCGGUUGGGUCAACGCCUCAUACGUCUACGGCUUGUCUCUGGUGCCGAUGCACAUGCGCCGAGCUCUCGGCAUCCUCACGCCCUGGGCAAAAUUCCAGAAGGCCACCGAGGUCAAGUUGGAUGGUUUCGAUGAUGAGCAUACGCUUCAGGAAGCGGGCGAAGAGGCUGUGGUAGAGGCAGAGGUGGAGGAGGGACAGGACGGUCCUGUUGCUGUUGUUGCUUGA